AUCUCAAAGGUAGUUACUCUACCUAUCAAAUAAGGUUCCCAAAUUUCACAUCCGUAUAACAAAAUGGGGAUUAUCAUCCCUGAAAAUAGUUUUAAAAGUAUUUUUAUUGGUACGUUUUCAAAAUUAGAAUUUUUUUUAAAAGGUUAUUGUAUGCUCUUAAAGCUUUAUCACGUAAGACUUUUAGGGCUUUCUUAAAAUUCCCAGAAAAAUGAAUGCCAAAUAUUAAAAUUUUAGAUUCAGUCUUUUUGUUAAUAUAGCUUCCAUUUUUUUGCAUAUAUUUCGAGUUUUGAUAAACACUUUUGCAAUCCUGCUUUCGACUCGGACAACAAAAUCAAAUCGUCUGCAUAAGGUAAACAACUCAAGUCCGUGUUAUCAAGUCUAACAGGGUCGCACGAUUGAUUAAACAAAUUUGGUAUAUCAUUUAUAAAUAUAUUAAAUAGAGUAGAACUAAGAUUGCACCCUUGUUUUAAACCAAUAUAAGAUUGAAAAGGGGAAGUUACUCCAUCUUUCAAUUUAACCGAGUAAUUUACGGAGGAAUACAUAGGGCCUAUUUGAUAUAAAUCGUAAAAAUGUUUUGCUGUACCCGCAUGAAAUAAGCUUAAACAAAAGACCUUUUCUCCAAACACUAUCGUACGCUUUUUUAAAGUCGAUAAAACAGGCGAAAAUCGGUUUUCUAUGAGAUCUGUAAAAAUCGAUUAAAUUUUUUAAAACUAAAAGGUGAUCAGCUGUUCGAUGAUGUUUUCGAAAACCAAUUUGACACUUAUUUAUUGCGUUAUUUUAUUCCAGAAAUAGAUUUAAACGAGUAUUCAUUAUUAAAGUGAAAAAUUUCCCCAAGCAACUACUAAUACAUAUUCCUCUAUAAUUACCAGGGUCAAACGUAUUGCCCGAUUUAUAUAUUGGAACAAUGUUGCCAUUAGCCCAAGCUGAUGGAAAUACUCCUUUUGAUAAAAUGGUGUCAAAAAUUUUGACAAAAUAUAAUGGUAAGAAAUUGGUUUGUCAAGCGUUUCAUUCUUUGUCGCUGCCCAAAUAUUAUAGUCUUUACAAUUUGUACUUCAUGACUAUUCUUGUCACCAUGGUCAUUGAAUCUAUUUAAAUUCUCAAAAUAAUCAAACCACUCGGUUGGCGAUAUUUCAUUACAGGUUCCCGAAGAUUUGUUUGUCUUUAUAAAUGUAUAUAUGUCUCACAGUUUUCGUUUUCGUGCCGCCACAUGGGUCGUAGAAAGGGGGAUGUCCGAUUCACAAAUUCGCACAAUGGGGCGAUGGGUUAGGGGAAACCGCUGAUACGGACAGACAGAUGGACGGACGGAUGACCUAUUUUUCUCUAAAAUAUGUUUUAAACAUCAUGUCCGCGUUUUACCCGAUCGGGUAAAACGCGGAUAUGGUGUAAAAUAUAGUUUUCGGCUCAUUAAAAGGCAUAUCCGCGUUUUACCCGAUCGGGUAAAACGCUGAUAUGUGGCAAAAUAUACUUUUCGGCUCUUUCAGAGGCAUAUCCGCGUUUUACCCGAUCGGGUAAAACGCGGAUAGGAUUUUACCCGAUCCAGUAAGUACAUUCGUGUUCCGGCGACUUCCAAGUAAUUUUGGAUGUGGAUAAAAUACUGACUCGGACUGGCGAACUCGCGGACUGACGGACUGGCGGACUCGAUUUUUCUCAAUUUUUUUAUCACUGCGUUUUGUUGAUCUCGUGAAAAUUUUACAAUGAGCAUCGGGCGUGCUUUACGCGAAUUAUACAAAAUACGUACUGGAAAUGAGUGAAGCGCUUUUAGAACUAUUGAACAUUUGGAAGAAUUUAUUUAAAAAUACUAUAAUCAACAUUCCAAUAACAAACUUUUUAUGAACAAUUCCCAACAGAAAAUAUGUGUCAAUUAUUAUUUAAGAGCGGAAUAUAAUUGUACAGAAUAUAUAUAUAUAUAUAUAUAUAUAUAUAUAUAUAUAUAUAUAUAUAUAUAUAUAUAUAUAUAUAUAUAUAUAUAUAUAUAUAUAUAUAUACAUGUGAGAACGUCUGAUUGGUUGAUGGAUUUCAGUAUGUUGGUUGCCAUUAGUUACUAUCGAAUGCGGGUGAUUAUUGUUAUCAUGAGACGGUAUAGGGAAGGAAGUUGAGGGUGGGUUAAAGGUUAAUGAAGAUGAAUUAGGAGAUUUGUGAGAGCGUUUCAGUUGUAAGUAAAUUGUAGGGAUGUCAAUGUGACGGUUAAAUGUUUGUUUGUCUAAACUAUGCCACGCUUCUUUUAAGUUUAAAGAAGCGUGGCAUAGUUUAGACAAACAAACAUUUAACCGUCACAUUGACAUCCCUACAAUUUAUUCAUUGACAUCCUUAUAAUUUAUUCAUGCAACAAGCAAUCAUCAGGCAACAUAUUAAUACGGUUAAGUUGUUGCGUUUUACUACUCGCAAUGUUUGCUGACGCGUGUUCGUUUGAAUCGUCCCGCGUGGAAUCUGCGCGCAUGCACGCAUUUCAUGAAAAUUUCGCUACGUUUAUUUAAAUUAGACCGAGAAUUAUAACUACGGAGUAUUUGCAAUUUCUCUUCUAAACAUAAAUUGCAAUUAAUUCCACCGGCUUUGAUUGAACUUGCUCGGGAUAAGAUGGACCACUUGAUAUUAAAUUGUUUUCUAUUUAGUUUUAGUUUCCAUACAUGUUUAGAAAGUUCAUUAGGCCGUGUUAUUAAAUACAAGUGUAUUUAAUAUCAUUGAAUGAUUUCUUGUGAUUUCUGUAUCUCUCCUUAAAUGUUCUCAGGUAUGUUAAUGACUGGGUCAAGUUUCACAGUGAGCAUUAAUUCAUGAAAAAUAAAAGAAAAAUUAUUUACAACGAUUUUAAGAUAAAUUGACAGGGUUUUGGGCGUUAAUGGUACUCAACAUAAUUUUAGAAUUUUUUUAACCGACCAAAAAUUUUAAAAAACGUGUCACGUGACCAGUUGUUGGUCUAAAAAUAGCAACAAAAACAUGGAACUUUUUCAACCGCUUUGCGGGGAAUGAUUGAGCUGGUUCUCACUGAAACAUUCAAUUACAAAUAGAUUGCCAAGGAACUCGUCUAACACAUUCAAACUUGGAUCCGUGAAAAUGUUGUGUUAUUGUUGCGUAAAAUGGAUCCAAAGUCAAAACACGCGUUUCUACUCGCAUAUUUUCGAUAAUUAAAGCUACUUCUAAUCUAAAUCUUUUCGGUUUACGGUAUUUCUCAAGAACUUGGACAUAUUUUGAAGAUAAUUAGCGCCUAAGCCUUUAAUGGUUGAUAAUAAAAACCUUCCCUGCAAAGCCAUUGAAAUUUAACAUUCGGCCGAGUAAAUAAAUUGUAAAAACCGCCAUUUUUGUCGAGUGAGCCCUGAUUCUACACACAGCGGUCUCCCGCAUAGCCAUGGCAACAAAGAACGCUCAAAAUGGCGAUUCUAAUAACUCGAAGAGCAUAAAGACAUGUUUCCAGAUAUAUUUUGCUUUGCGCAAGGUUAAAACCGGCAAUUGUAAUCCACAAAAAUACACACAUACCAUUGUUUUUAUAUACAAGUGAAUGUCGAACGCACAGAACCAUUUGUGACCAAAUUAUCUACACAACUUCGCAUUUUAAUAAUACCGUAACAUGCUUUGAUUUAUAUAAUACUACAAAUCUAAAAGGCUACUAGCCUACUAAGCAUUAAUUUCGGAGACAAUAUUGCACAGGAUAAAUCUUGAAUGCUAUAAUGAAACAAGAGCCUUAUUUAUCAGUAAUUUAAGAUUAUAAUCUGUCAAAAUUAGACGCGCUCAAAAUAUUGUAGCUAAUGUAAGUAAACAGCCUGUACAGUGUACAGACAGUACAGAUAAAGUGUACACGCCGGAUAAUACCAGACUGGCGCACAAACGGUGUAUGAUGAAAUUAACCGAGUAUUCCAGCAAGUUUUUAAUGUACCCUUUUAAUUACAGUAUAUGCAAUUUAAUGCAAAGACAAAAAUAAUCAUGUAUAAGCAGGAAUAACGAACUAAAAUAAUAUACUUCUAUAUUCCUAGCAGCAACACAGCCAGUGGCGUAGCCAGCCCGACGAUUUAUUUCCGCUAUGUAAAUUCAAAAUUAUUAUCAUUAUUCAUUUCCUUAGAAAUUGAUUGUUUUCACAGUCAAUGAACACGAAAAUAUUUACAUAGCGGGACUAAAUUGUCGGGCAGGCUACGCUACUGAACACAGCAAUCACGACACGAAGCACGCAUGAAGAAUGAGAAGUCCUGUUGGAACUUGGAAACUUAGAAAACAAGAAUUUUGAUAAGGAGAAAAUGAGAGAAGUGGAAAAUCAUCCAGAUAAUAUGGUUCUAAAUUGGUCAACUCUAGAAAGAAAGCAUAACAUCAAGAACACUCAGGGUGAAAUAGCAAAGACUGUGUGGGGGUCAAAUUGCAAAAGAAUGGUUAAAAUCUGUUGGUGUUGACAUCAGUUGAUUCAAGCGCUAACAUGAUGGGAAUGAUGAGAGAGUGCGAAGAUUGAAACUCAGGGGACAUGGUGGAGAAAUUACUGUUGUAGUGCCACAAACGAUGGAAAGUGUGGACUGAUGAAAAUCUGACGGAGAAUAGUCUGACAAAAUCAUUGAAAGCUAUCAAUGAACACGUAGAAGGAGAAAAUGAGAAAGAAAUGUGAGCUAGGCUGUGAGAUAUUGCAAGAACAUGUACAAGGCAUCUGAAGAUGCGGCAUGAUCUUUCAACAAUUGCCAAUCAAUUGAGCCGUGUUUACACUACAAGCCUACCCUUGGACUAUAUUUUUGUAGUGUAAAUGCACUUCGGCCUGGCCUAGGCCAGGAAAUUUGGAACACCUGUUCUGAUGGGCCCAGAUAUCCUGGCCUAAGCCAGGCCAAAGUGUGUUUACAGUACAACAAUCUAGUCCAAAGCUAGGCCUUGGCCAGGCUUGGCUUGUGGCGUAAACAUGGCUAUGCAUGGUCACCUAGUUUUCAUAAUGUACAUUUAUGACCCUGCAGCUGUGCAUUACACGACAGAAGAAUAUCAAAACCUGGCCCUGACUGGAAAUAAGACUUGUAACAUAGACAUAUUAAUAAGGUGAAUGCUGUUCUUAGGGUUUGUAAUCCAAGUCAGUAUAUAUAUACAUUUUAAGACCUGACCAGGAACGACUGUGAAAAAUGCAGCACAAGGUCCUCUGGUAGGAAUUGAACCUACGGCCCUGCGAUUCUGGUGCAGCGCUCUAACCAACUGAGCUACAGAGGCCAUGCAGCUGUUGAGCUGUAACCAUAUAAGUUCAUGUAUAUAUAGAACAGCAUUCAAAUGUUAAUAGGGAACAGCAUUCAAAUAUUAGCAUUCAAAUAUUAGAGAACAGCAUUCAAAUAUUAAUACCACCAAGUGAAGUGCAAAAAACCAGAUCAUUGAAGUCCAUCUUAUCACAACCCACACACCCGAUUACCUAUAUAUACAUGAACUUACGGUUACAGCUCAACAGCUGGUCUCUGUAGCUCAGUUGGUUAGAGCGCUGCACCGGAAUCGCAGGGCCGUACGUUCAAUUCCUACCAGAGGACCUUGUGCUGCAUUUUUCACAGUCGUUCCUGGUAAGAUCUUAAAAUGUAUAUAUAUACUCACAUGGAUUACAAACCCUAAGAACAGCAUUCAAAUAUUAAUAUUAAAAAGGUCAGCCUAACCUGACCACCACAAUUGCAAUUACACUGACGAAAAACUACUAGGAAACAUUCCCUAGUAGUCUUCGAUGACUACAAUUAACACUUCGGCAAAUUCCACGUAAAAUACCAGAUAAAAAACUAGAACAGUUUGCCUGUAUUUUCGCAUUAUAAACGGGGAAGUGGAUAACAGCUUUUAUAUAUCUUGAAACAUUGUAUGUAUAAAAAAUAUUAGCACUGUAAAUGGACUCACCUUAGCUUUAACCGUGUAAAUACCAUAAGGAAUACAUAUAGAGUACAUAAUAAAUUAUUACAUUUAUCCAUACGUAUAUUUAAACACAUUUUACAACGACAAAAACCUCUUUGCAUGAACGAAUUCCCUUUAAAAAUAUGAAUUAUGCAGAAAUGCACUGUACGGUUGCUAAGGUAACCAUAUUCCUUAUAUAGGCAACACUUCCAUAUAGGGAAAACCAAUGAUGUAGAAAUAUUAGGCGCCAAUAUUUGCAGUUCGCGCGAAGGAUCGAUCUGUAGCAUUCUCGAAAACGUCGAGCGUAUAUUCGAAUAUUUUGGUAAAUUUCAGCAUGCGACAUACAAUCGAGGAGAAAAGAAAGAUGCGCAAUGGCAGUAAGAAGAGAAAGCAACAUCAGAAAUCGCAGUUGAAGCGCGCGGCGCUCAUAGUAUUAAGAAUUAGAAGAUGCACUUCGUGAUGUCAAAGCAAAAGCUGAGUCAAGCUGGCUGGGCUGGCCAGCACGGGAGCAUUGCUUCUAAAUAUUACAAAUUUGGGGAAGAAGUGUUGACGUCAACGAAAAAUUACAAACUAAGUUGGACAACAGGGCAAGCACUAAUAAGGUAUACUCAAUUUUUAAUACAAAUACAUUUCAUCAAUCCUUUUAUUAAUGCACCUAUUGAUGUUAAGCCCCUGGGUGGGAGGGUCGGGCAUUUGAUUUUUCAUGCAAUUUUUUGGUCAAAUUCUCUAGCAUGGGGAAGCAAAUAUCAGUCAAAUGUGAUCAAAUUCCCCAUUGUUGGGCACAUAAAUUUGUGGUGAAAGGCUUGAAAGUCGUUUGUCCCAGUCCUCAACAUGUGCUCUUCCUUAGGAUACAAGAUGGUGCUCAAUUCCUCGGGAGAUGGUGUCGAUCAAAUUCCAGAGGGUGGGGAAACACAAAUCCAUCAAAUGCCCUACAUAUCAUAUGCAUUUAAAUGUGCAUAAAUAUAUGCAUUUAAAUGCGCAUAAAUAUAACUACAGUAUAUAAAUACUGUAAACCUCUGACAAUAAGCCCCCUGAAUACCCCCAUCUACAAACCCAUCACAUUACUAAAAUUCACACCAUUCCAAAUGUAUGCCCCCCCCCACAUUUGUUUUUCACUAUUACUAUACUUGUUUAUCACUAUUAUACACUAACAUAAAAAUCACUAUUACACUAACACAAAAUGUUGUCCAUGUAUAAGCCCCCCCCGCCCCCUCCCCUUUAUAUAAGCUCCCCUGUGUACAAGCCCAUCAAAAAACAUGUACAAACGAAUAUAAGCCCAGGGCUUAUAUUCAGAGGUUUACAGUAUGUCCAUAUCCAUAUGUCAUUACCUAUAUUUAUACAGCUAAUUCAGAAAAGGUUGUCCUUUGCAAACCUUAAACUUGAAACCUUAAACUCUAAACGUGCAAUGCAUAAUGGGAGGCCGAGCAUCAUUUAAUCUGUUUAUAAAUCAUAGAUGGAGCCCAUGUCUUAGAGACAUGGUGAGCAUCUCCUUACGAGAACAAUUCAUUCACAAGUAGCUGCAAUAUUCAACUACUAAGCUUGAAAGUUGCAACUUGUACUCCCAUUAAGGUUUGCGCACUUAUAGUUUAAGGUUUGGAAAGGACACCUUUUUUGAAUUGGCCAUAUAUAUAUAUAUUCAUUACCUUUGCCUGGAAGCCUCAUUCUUACGAUUCAAGAUGAAAGGCAAUUUCACCAAUUUGCUUACGAAUUUUGAGAAUGAGACUUCCUGCCAAGAAGAGAAUCAUGACGUACUGUAAACUAUAUCAAAGGGUUUGUUGGUCACACUAUUAGCCAAGAUAAGAAUUAAGGAACUAAAAUAUAAAUAUAAAGCUAUAAAAAAAUCCAUCAACCUAACCAAGUUCAAUACCCCUUGAUUACAAAACCUGGUAUGGCCAUACAAAUCAUUAAUAAAUAGUUAUUAAAUUUCAAAUUAAAGGUAACUCAGUUGAACAUGUCCAGCUGAAGUACUUGUACAGUGGGUAUUACAACUAUUCAACAUGAAGAAUUGGAGGAGAUUAGCAAUGAAUCAAUAGGGAAUGGAGUUUUUGGCAAUUGCUUCCAUAAAAAAUUCAUUAGAUUAGGAAUAACAGUUGUUGAAAAGCAGUUGACUGACAGCACUGCUGAUAUGCUAUGUAAAGAAGCAAUAUUUUUUCCAAAAUUGUCACACAUAUGUAUCCCAUUGUUACUUGGGGUGCAGCUAGCCAAAAAGCCAAUCUCCCUGCAAAUGCAAUUUAUUGGGGAGAACAGUCAUCUAUAACAGUGUUCAAGUUGCUAUUUGACCCACUGUACCAACAUCAAGCUUCAGAAAUGCCAACCACAACAUGGGUCUGCAUAUGCUAUGACAUCACUGAUGCACUUGACCACAUGCAGCAAAGAGGAUAAGUAGUAUAGGGAAGAGGGGUUCUAGGCCAGGCGGAGCGAGCGGAGCGCUUUGCUCCGCCCAUGAGGUCAUAAUUCAUUUAAUUUAUUCAGGUUUAUGUUAAUUUAUUUGGGCUUACUUGACAUUUUCGAUCCGCUGCCGUUUGUUUAUCCACAGUUUUUAGCUUAUUUCUAGCUACUUCACUGCCGUUUGUUUAUCUACAGCGUUUUUUAUUUAAUUUCUAGCUACUGCGAUGCUGUUUGUUUAUCUACAGCUUUUUUUUAGUUUAAUUUUAGCUAGUGUGAUGCCGUUUGCUUAUCUACAGAGUACAGUUUAUAUUUGUGGUUACUUCGUUGAUCUACAGAAACCACAGCAAAUAAUAUAAAGUUUCUCAAAGAUAUAGCACACUGCUUGUAUUAUUUAAACGAAAUAAGAACCAUGAUUUUACAAGCAUUUUGUCAAAGUAAAGUUUCAAAUAUAUAGAUUUUUUUAUAGAAAAAAGCGUUGUCAAGUAAUCACCAUGCGUAUAUAACACAAAGGUUGAGGUAAUUAAGGGGAUUAAGGCAAUAGAAUUUGCAUUAAUCGAUAGGAUCUUAAUGGAUAUAAAUGGAUUUUAUUACUGGCGGUCGUGGGCAUGUUCAGACGAACAGGCAAUAUUUAUAGAUUUAUCACGCGGGCGCAUGGCUGUGUGGGCAUAAAUUUUUAUAAUUUAGAUUCAACUGAACACAUUUAUUUCUUCAAAACGUUUUACAAAGUUUUACGCUUCUAAUAUAUAUCGUCACUCCUAAGACAUUACAUGAUAUCCUACGAUAUUGCACGAUAUCCUAAGAUAUUGUAUGAUAUCCUAGGAUAUUGAUAUCCUAACAUACUGCAUGAUAUCCUAUUGUAUGAUAUCCUAAGAUAUUGUAUGAUAUCCUAAGAUACUGUAUGAUAUCUUAAGAUACUGUAUGAUCCUAAGAUACUGAUAUCCUAAGAGAUUGUAUGAUAUCCUAAGAUACUGAUAUCCUAAGAAAACGAUAUCCUAAGAUACUGAUAUCCUAAAGAUAAUGAUAUCCUAAGAUACUGAUAUCCUAAAGAUAUUGAUUUAUAAAAUAACAUGUAUAUAACGCGUGCUCUGAUUGGUCGAAACUCGUGUUUGGAUCAGGCCAUCCAAACACGGAAAUUUAAAGUGCCUUUGCGGGAAUUUUAAACAUGUCUGACUCUGAAGACGAAUUUUUUGCCAAAAUUGAUUUGGAGGGCAUUUGUGCAACCGCAGAAAAGAGUGAAACGCGUAAAAGGUUUGCUGAAGUAACCCAGGAGAAUAUUGACGAGCUGUUAAGCGAUGUACAGUCGAAAAAUACGAAGUACAAAACAACAUACGCUGUCAAUGUUUUUAAAGGUACAGUGAUUGUUUAGAUUUAUAAACAAUAUAAACAUUCGCAUUUAAACCGCAAAUGUUGAAAUUCAGUAGCCUACACUAUUUCGCUGUCAUUCCUAUAAUUCUUAUUUGCUUACAUGUAUUUAUAGAAUGGUCGAAACAGCGAAACAUUCAACAAGAAUUGCACGAAAUGGACGACAAAACUCUUGAUAAAUGUCUUUGUCAAUUUUACGCCGAAGUAAAAAACCAGCAAGGUGAAGACUACAGUAAAUCAACUUUAAUUGGUUUAAAACACGGACUAGAGCGAUACCUGAACUGUCCACCGUACAACAGAGGUUUGAGCAUGUCGUACAACCCAGCAUUUAAAAUGUCAAACUCCGUGCUGAACGCCAAGAUAGUAUCCUUUAAGAAACAGGGAAAGGAGAAUGUUGUACACAAGCCCGUCUUGGAAGCUGAAGACCUCACAAAGCUAAAAAAUAGCGACGUAUUGAAUGUGUCCACUCCACUUGGUCUCCUUAGAAACGUAUGGUUUCAUGUGUCUUUGUUUUGGUGCCGCAGAGGACGAGAAGGACAACGAAAGCUGACGAAGGACAGCUUUGUUUUUACCGAAGAUGCAAACGGGGAAGCAUUUGUCACCAUGGCUCACAGUGAAGCCUCAAAAAAUCAUCCUGGCGGUAUUCACGACAACGAAAGCUUUGAAAAUUUGGGAAGGAUGUACAAGACCGAUGCAGAAAACGACGGCUUCUCAGCUUUGCAGCUAUUCAUUACCAAAUUGCAUCCUUCCUGCGAAGCAUUCUUUCAAUAUCCCAAGCGAAAGUGGAGUCCGGCUGACAAUACUUGGUACGAGAACAAACCUCUUGGUGUAAACACGCUUGGUAAUAUGAUGAAAACUAUCAGCGAAGCAGCAUCUCUGUCGAAAGUUUACACUAACCACUCC